AUGUUGGAUCGGAUGAGGGUGGCUUGGUGGUUUGUGGAAGAAACUUCAGUCCCCGUGCCGAGCAGCAGCCGCCUGAUGAAAUCAACAAGUGGCCAGCAGUUUGGAGGCCACAAUGAGGAAACUAUCUAUCCAUCUAUCUACACAUCAUCUGGGAUCCACACUCUCUCGACCCCCUCCGACCAAUAA